UCUAAGCGGGUAGUAAUAAAAUCGAAUAAAUUUUCCUGUUUAGGACUUAUAUCGUGUCAGGAGUUAGGACUCGAUUAAAUUUUCGACUACUUAUUAGUGCAGAGGGUCAAAGUGAGGCUAGCCUUCCAGCCUGACACCAACACUGGAUAGCCGGCUGAGUUCUUUCUCAAUCACUAGUUACAAGAAAAUCUUUGAUUUAGAAAGAAACAAAGUUGUAAAUAGUCAAUUUGUUGUUUUCCUCCAAGAACCACGAAAUUUCAGGAACAUUACACAGUAAAACUCGAGAGAUUGUUGGGCAUCAGGAUGCGUAUUUUAGCAGCGAGGCUCAGCACUUACCUAUGUAGAAGAAACCCGUUAAGUGCUCAAUCUCGCAAUUUGUCUUCAUUUCACGGAAGAGAUGAAAGAUCAAUUGAAGAGGAAGCAGAACGGAAAAUAGGAUGGUUUUUGAAACUUAUCUUUGCUGGCACUGCAACCGUUGUGGCUUAUCAGUUCCUCCCAUACAUGGGUGAUAAUCUGAUGCUGCAGUCUGUGUCACUUUUACAAGUCAAGGAUCCCCUAUUUAAGAGAAUGGGAGCUUCCAGAUUAGCUCAUUUUGCAAUAGAUGAUGAAAGAAGGAUGAAGAUAGUUGAGAUUGGUGGGGCUCAAGAGCUUCUGAACAUGUUGGGAACUGCUAAAGAUGACCGUACACGAAAGGAAGCAUUGAGGGCACUUGAUGCCAUAUCAAAAUCAGAUGAAGCUCGUGGCUCUUUACGAAAAGCUGGAGCCAUCUCUGUCAUCAGGUCCAUCCCUGAUUCUGCUGAAGAUGCAGAGGUCAAGAAAUUCAAGCUGAGCCUGUUGGAUAGAUUCAAAGAUCUGAGUUAUGAGGAUUGAUUUCAAGAUUUGAAACAGGACUUCGAAUCUCUCUCUCUCUUUUUUUUUUUCAUCAGCCCCAAGUUUUCAUCAGCUUACUUGUCGGAUAUCAUAUUUAAUAUAGCGGAGGGAAGUGGACUGGAUGUUUCUUGUUUAGCUGAUGAUAGAGUUGCACACUCUCAGCUUCUUAUCAAAAAUUAAUUGUAGAACUGUUCUAAUGUCAGAGGAUGUGCUGGAUUAAUACGUCUCAAUCUGAAAUCAAGAUUUUCAAGGUGAAAUUUCCUCU